AGAGUGCAGGCUGACAAAGCUAUAUUCAUCGGCCAUAUUGCCUGCCGCUGAUCCGCUCGAUUUUUUCAACCCGUGUUAGCAUCGAUGGCAGAAAUGGAAGCAGUCCUGGAGGUGGUGGUGUUCCCGUGGCUGGCGGUCGGGCACAUGAUCCCCUUCCUCGAGCUGGCGGAGCGGCUGGCGGCGCGGGGCCACGCGGUCUCCUUCGUCUCCACGCCCGGGAACCUCGCCAGGCUCCCGCCGUCCCCUCGCCUCCGCUUCGUGCCGCUGCCGCUGCCGCGCGUGGAGGUGCUGCCGGAGGGCGCCGAGUCCACGGCCGACGUCGUCCCCGGGAACGGCGACGACGGGCUCCUCAAGAAGGCCUUCGACGGCCUCGCGGCCCCGUUCGCCGCGUUCCUCGCCGGCUGCGAGAGGAAGCCGGACUGGGUUAUCAACGACUUCUGCCACCACUGGCUCCCGCCCAUCGCACACCACCACAACGUCCCAUGCGCUGUGUUCUGGAUCGUCCGGGUGAACACCACCGGCGAGCACCCUCCGCGCACGGCGCCGGAGGACUUCACCGUCCCACCCAGUUGGAUGACGCCCGCUUCUUCGUCUGCCGCCGCUUAUCACCGUCACGAGGCCUGGUGGAUUGUCGGCACCUUAAGCGAGGACGCGUCGGGCGUGUCCGACAUGGAACGCACGUGGCGGGUGCUCGACGCCUGCCAUCUCACAAUCUACAGGAGCUCCGAGGAGGUCGAGCCCAGGAUGUUCGACCUCCUCACACAUCUCCUGAAGAAGCCCGCCGUCCCUGCUGGGAUCCUGCUACCGUCGUCCAACAUCGACAACAAUGAUGGCAGCAACUCUGAGGGGGUCUUGCGGUGGCUCAACGACCAACCUAUCAAGUCCGUCAUCUACGUCGCGCUGGGGAGCGAGGCGCCGCUAACGGGCAAGGACAUCCACGAGCUUGCGCUCGGGCUAGAGCUCGCCGGGGUGCGCUUCCUGUGGGCUCUACGCAAGCCAUCUGGAAUGUUCAGCUCCACUGACGAGCAGCUGUUACCAACCGGGUUCGAGGAGCGGACACGAUCCCAAGGGCUGGUGUGCACGGGGUGGGUGCCGCAGGUGAGAGCCCUGGCGCACGACGCGACGGGCGCAUUCCUCACGCACUGCGGGUGGGGCUCCACCGCCGAGAGCCUCGCGUUCGGCCACCCGUUGGUGAUGCUCCCUUUCGUCGUCGACCAGCCUCUCAUCGGCCGAAUGAUGGCCGCCAAGGGGAUCGGCGUCGAGGUGGCGAGGGAUGGGGACAACGGAGGCUCGUUUGACAGGGACGGUGUCGCGGUGGCGGUGCGGCGUGUCAUGGUGGAGGAUGAGGGGAAGGUGUUCGCGAGCAAUGCAAAGCUGCAGGAACUUCUUACGGACCAGGGACGGCAGGAGCGGUACAUGGAUGAGCUUGUCGAACACCUGAGACGCUACAAAGACGACGACUAG